UUAGGUUCUCUUUGAGUAGUGAGUGAGAGAGAGAGAGAGAGAGAGAGAGGAGAAAUGGCGAAAAGUUUGUAUGUAAUGUUUGUGCUUGCAGUGGUGGUGGCGCAUGCGACGGCGCGUAACAUUCCCGAUGCUAGCGCCGCCGUGAAGCCUGGCGGCACGCAGGAUCUGACGGUGGGCCCGAAAGGCUUGGAGCCGGCUACGGCGCCCGGCGCCGGCGUGGAUGACAAGAAGAACCUUAUAGUUGGCGGCGUUGGAGGCUGGGCUGGGGUCGGCUACGUGCUUCCGGCCAUCGGCGGCGUGGCCGGUGGAGUUGGCGGCGCAAGCGGCUUGGGUGGGGCCGGCGGGCUAGGCGGCGCUGGCGGCGGGAUUGGUGGCGCAAGCGGACUUGGAGGAGGGAUUGGCGGCGCGAGUGGACUUGGCGGCCUCGGUGGCGCGAGUGGACUUGGAGGGCUUGGCGGCGCGAGUGGACUUGGAGGGCUUGGUGGCGCGAGUGGACUCGGAGGGCUUGGUGGCGCGAGUGGACUCGGGGGGCUUGGUGGGUUUGGUGGCGCGAGUGGAAUCGGUGGUGGAAUCGGCGGUGGGAUUGGCAAAAUUAUUCCAUAGAGUUUCAAAGCUUUAAAAUGCGUUAUUUGGUGUUACGUUGGUUGAUCGAUCUUUUUAGUUAGUGCCUUUGGAUUUUUCAUGCAUGCAUGUUGUGUGUCUACGUAACUAGCUAGUAUUAUAUAUUAGGUUGUGCCGUGUUUUAUUUCCAGCCUCACGUACUCAUGUAAUUCCCGUUUGAAAUUUAUUACCAACUUUUAAUUUAUAAUUGUUUUCAUGAUGAACUGUUUAAUAUCUUAUGGUUUAAA